AUGAGACGCCAAAGAUUUUUAAGUCCUUAAGAGAGAGUGAAGUCUCCUCCUGCUCAUGUGAAUUUAUAACUUCCACGUAAACAGUCUCUGUUGAUGUAGGUAAGAAUUUAAAAUAAUAAGACUGGUCCUUAUGUAUUUGAUUGCUCCUAAGUUAUUGGAAAGGGAUAGUAUUCAGUUGUGUACAAAGGAUAUGAGCAGAAUAAACCUAAUCAAAUUGUAGCUGUUAAGGUUAUCACAAUACAACCCAACAAUCCAAUUCAAAUGUAUAUGAUCGAAAAUGAGAUCAACACUCUAAAGCUUUUGGAUUCUCCCCACAUACUUAAACUGCUCUAUCAUAACCAAAACAAUAAAUCGGUAUUUCUAGUUACUGAAUUUUGCAAUAAAGGUAGUAAAUCUAUUCAAAUUGAUAGGGGAUCUUCUACAAAAGUUGUAACGAUCUUUAAUCUCAGAAGAAGAAGCACUUCAAUAUACUUUACAGAUUGCAAAAGCAUUGUAAGCUAUCCAUUAACACAAUAUAAGUAUGAAUUCAAAUAUCCCUAGUGCAUGGAGACAUAAAAUCUGCAAAUAUAUUGCUUUCUGAUAGAUGUGUUCUAGCAGACUUUGGAUUUGCUUAGAAAAUAGAUCAAGCUUAAUAAACGUUUAUAAUUGGAACUCCUCUGUAUAUGGCACCUGAGGUACUCUUUGACAACGAGAUAAAUUGUUAAGCAGAUAUGUGGUCUUUGGGUUGUGUAUUAUACGAGAUGGUUUUUGGAUAGUCACCGUUCUAUUCUGAGAACAAUGACAUCUUGAAAAUGACUAUAUCAAAGUUCAAAGAAAAUGGUAAAUUAUCAUUUCCAAACACUGGCGUUUCUAAAAAGAUUUAAGCUCUAAUCCUGUAUUUAAUCAGGAUAGACCCUAAUCAAAGACUGUCGGCUUAAGAUACGGUUGCAUUACUUGAACCAAGGAGUGUAGACGAACAGAUCAAAUUAAAUGAAAAUCAAUUAAAAAUCAAACAAGAACUAUUGAACGGAGAAGACAAAGAUGCUUAAGUCCAAAUGCCUUAACAAUAAUCUGUCAAUUUUAAUGAUAGCAAUGCAAAUUCUAACACUUAAUCAAAUUAGACUCCUAUUUAAGAUAUCCAAUCUACUCCAGAUAAUUAAAAGAAUUAAAAUGGUGGUAAUAAUUCUUAAGACGAACAUAGAAGAAGUACAAAAAAUAGUAACUCAAGUGCUAAGAGAAAAAAAUUAUUAUAAUAAUUAAAUAACAUUAACUAAAGGAAAGUUAAUUCAUACGUUAACAACACCCCAACAUAAUAAACAUAAUAAUAAAAUACUCAGAUUUCUGAAGUAAAGAAAGUACUUCAUAAAAAUAAUUAAAAUCCAUAGUAAAUUAAUGCUAAUAGCAAUAGUGCGAAUAAUAAUAAUAUUGUUAGCAAUAAUAAUAAUAAUAAUAAUAAUAAUAAUAAUAAUAAUAAUAAUAAUAAUAAUUCAAAUAAUAAAACUAUUUCUUUAUUGGAUUUAGUCAAUUAUUUUUACAAAGUAUAUUAAUUAAUACUAAAUGGAAAAGAACUUAAACUAGCAUUCAUUUAUCUUAAGCUUGUAAAUAUUUAUUAUUUGGCAUAUUUGGAGGAACAAUCAAAAUAAUAGAAAAAAGUAAUAUUUGUUAGUUGCUAGAAUGAUUAUUUUGAAUUAGAAAGAGAAAUUAAGAAUAAGUAUCCUCAAUGGUUAAAGGAGGAGGAGUUUCAAAAGAUUUUUCAUAGCAAAUUUGUCCUUACCUAAGAUUUUUUGAAAUAUUCACUGAAUUAUUUGAACAAAGCAGCAGUGGAUCACUAAUAAGAUGAAAAAAUAACAGAGAAAAUCAAAAAAACGCUUCAAAUAAUAUCUAUUCUUGUGUCUAAUGAGAAAAGCAGCACACUUUAGUUAGAUUAAUAAAUAAUACGGCUUCAUAGACUUAAUUCCAAAGUUUGA